CUUAGCUUCAACUCUGUCACCGUCCAUCACCACCUCCUCUACACAAAAAGAUGACUUUAUUCAAAGUUCCUCGAGCGUUGCUUAGCUUUGAUAUGUAUUUUGACAUAGGAUAAUGUAGGACCUCAAUGGUCAAAUUACUCAACUCGAUGUACAUUACAGCAGUGCACAUAUAGCGUGGCCCACCACGAGUCCACUGCCUCAGGAUGCCUCGUGUCGACGCUUGUCUUUCCUUAGGACUUAUAAGUCAAGCCCGACGCUUUCGUGGCCCCCCUCCUCUUCCUCAUCUAGUGCAUUACGUAAUCGAAAUGGGCCCUGUAAAGCCAAAGCGCAGGCCGCUUCUAACAUAAAACCACAUCGAUAAAAGGAAGAGCUCUUGCUUCUUACCCGCAUACACCUACCUGCCCUCUGCACGUCUGCGUAACCCGGAGCUCGACAAUAAUUCCCUUUGUGCAAAAUACUUAAUUGCUGUUGAGCCACUCAGGUCUCGAGAUCCGGAUUAGUGAACCGCAUCCCACACAUGUUCUCCAUCUUCAAAACAGCCCUGUCAUUUUGGUUCCAACAAGACGUUGGCAGCCCGGAGGAGGAGUUGGAUGAAAUAGAAGAACAAUGCUGCAACACGUUGCCUGGGGCAUGGCGUACUUCUUCGCAACUCAACACACCAAAGCCACAUAGAAAGCAGACGCGACACGUCCGAUUUAAUUUCGCUCUCCCAAUUGAAAUGAGCCCAAAACAGAAGCGACGGCUUCAGAUGAAACAAAUGAUCGACAGGAAGAAGGCGCGCGUGCAGGCGCAGAAGGACGGCGAAAGACUAUAUGAGAUGCAUUAUGGCGAGAGUACAGAUCCGGAGAUUGGGAAGAAAGAAUUCCGCUUUAAAAAACCCGUCAAUGAUCUACCUCCCUCACCGAAAUGUCCUUCUCUGGUGGUAAGCGAUUCUAAGAGUUAUCGGGAAACUGGCAACAAUCUACGAGUUUCUGAAGUAGCAAGUAACUAUGAAGUGGAAUCGACUUGUUCCUUGCUGUCCUCUCCGCCUCUUCGUCGUUAUUCCUACGGGCCUGACCUACUCCCAGCCUACCUGCAUUCCGCAUUUCUGUGGUUCCACCUAGUACGAAACGUAGUAGUGAAGAAGAGUCGAUCGGAAUAUAAGCUUGAAUACAGUUGUACGCCUCGCGCAAUCUUGUACAUGGUCUUCCACGGCUGGAUCGAUCUCGCCGAUGCUGUCUCAUGGAAGAACAGCCGACAUAUGCUUGGACUUGCGCUUGCGGAUCUUGCUUCACGCAUCGGCGGGUUUGAGAAGCUCGAAGACGAGAUAACCGAGAAACCAGAUAAUGCGGCUUUAGCUACCUUUCUAAAGGGAUGGCCACUGAGUCGUGGCCCGAAGAAAGGAUACAACUGGAUUUCGGAUAGAAGAGACAGGGCGAAAUACGGACCGUUUGGACCUUUACUUGCCCGAUAUGCGACUCCAGAGGUCCAGGAGAUGAUUCUACAGACACUCUUGACGUCCGACACUCCCUUGGAUAAAGUUAACUUUCCCGGUAAUUGGAAACCGUUCUUCCUUCCUUUAGUCUUGAGAAAGCGACAGCGCGUUCAGGAGGCGAAGAAGGAAAAGGUGGAGAGGGUGAGGGUGAACGAGGAGAAUAGGCGUCCUCAAGAGAUUCCAGCGACAUACAAAAGGCAAAGGGUGCCUGACGUUCAUGUUCAGACGAUGACAAAAGCCGAUUAUAAGCAGGACAGUCACAGCCCGCAGUAUUUCAAGGAGGUACAAGAACGCGUCAUCCUCGAAGCUCCGAAAUACGAGGACGAGUCGAUAUCCUGCCAUAUACGGGCAAAGAAGCCACUGUCUCGAUCCUAUUCCUCGGAAGACAAAAUGAGCGGGGUAAUUGACCUUGGUGUGUGUACCGCAGAAUCCCCGGCCUUCCACCAGCCAUGGACAGCUGAAGGACCAAGUCAAAUGGCGACCGACAUACCAAUCCAGUCGACAAACGGAAUUGUGGCAGGACAAGGAUGGAAGCCGACGGGCGACGUGAACAUGGACGAGCCUGUCCUAAUCGUCAGCGGACCAAGUGGCUUCUGCGUACCGAGUGGUGCUGGACAGAUGAACGAUAUGGAUUGUAGCAUGGCGGUCGAAUUCACAGACCCAGCGCAAUCUGUCGAUUCGCAAGCGGGCGAUAGAAGACCAUUCACUUCACCCGCUGGUCCGAGCGGAGUACAGCAGAAUGGGAGUUGGAUGAAGUACGCGGAGAAGCGGGUAAAGCACGAUGAUAUACCUCAACCUCAAGCCCAGAAUCAACUACAACCACAAGCGCAGUCUCAACUUCCGCCACAGCGUCAACCAACGCUUGAACCGCAAUUGCAGUCUCAACCUCCGCUGCAGUUUCAACUACCGCCCCAACUGCAGCCGCAGUCCCAACCUCCAGUACCAGCCUCGUCAACUCCAUCAAGCUCAGCAGCCGCAACCCCAGCCCCAUCCUCAUCAACAGCAGCUCCCCGUAGAGGAGCUCGAGCAACCGACCGCGAUCGCGGUGGCUCACAACAACAUCGUCGGCGUCAACAGAAUCGACACGCCGCUCAAAACAACAACGGCAUCACUGGCGGGACCGUCAAUUUCGAUCCUAUACUUCUCUCGCUAGUCAACAUACCAUUACCGAACUUCGCCCAGGUGCAAACUCAAACACAGACGCAGAUGCAGAACUAAAUGCCAUCGAGUCCGACAAGUUCAAGGACAUUCCUUGAUUCUGUUCCUCUUUGCUUUGCUUUUGGAUAUUCUGGUUUGAUUCCUGUUAUUACUUUUCGUCUUGUCUUACUUUCUUGGAGGAUAGAAAAGGGCGGGUUGGAGGAGUUUAUUUAUUCUUCAUUUAUUUUCUGUAUUCUACAUAUUUGUCUACAGUUUAACGAACGCGUCUUUUUUUUGCGCAUUUCCUUUGUUCCUUUGUCUUUGCAUAUUGC